AUGGAGGGUAAUCACAGUGGUUUGGCUGGAAGCACACAGCUGUCUGUGUCAGGAGAACAGAAAGACGGACACAUUUAUGAGGUUGCGGUGCAGAACAACUCCACCAACCGCAGCUCCCAGUUUGCAGAUGUGGCUCUGCUGCAGACGUUCAAAUCCCUCAUCAUCCCCUGUUAUGUGCUCGUUGUGGUGGUGGGAGUCUUUGGGAAUUACCUGCUCCUCUAUGUCAUCUGCCGAACCCGCAAGAUGCACAAUGUCACCAACUUCUUCAUUGGAAACCUGGCCUUUUCUGACAUGCUCAUGUGUGUGACCUGCGUCCCUUUCACUCUUGCCUACGCCUUCAACCCACAUGGCUGGGUUUUUGGCCGCUUGAUGUGUUAUCUGGUGUUCCUCAUUCAACCGGUCACAGUCUAUGUUUCAGUCUUCACGCUCACUGCCAUUGCUGUGGACAGAUAUUAUGCGACAGUUCAUCCCUUAAAGAAGCGUACAACUGUGGCUACCUGUGCCUCCGUUCUCACUGGCAUCUGGUUGCUGUCAUGUGGGCUGGUUGCUCCAGCCAUCACCCACACCUACCACGUCGAGUUCAAAGAUGAAGGCUUCACCAUCUGUGAGGAAUUCUGGUUGGGUCAAGAGAAAGAAAGACGUGCUUAUGCAUACAGCACCCUGCUGGUCACGUAUGUCCUGCCACUCUCAGCUGUCUUUGUCUCUUAUCUCUGUAUCACUGUCAAACUGAGGAACUGUGUUGCACCCGGCCACAGGACACAAGACCAGGCAGGUGCUCAACAAGCUCGUAAGAGAAAGAUCUUUCGCUUGGUUGCACUCUUGGUGUCUGCCUUUGCGGUGUGUUGGCUUCCUAUUCAUGUAUUCAAUGUGCUGCGAGACAUAGACAUUCACCUCAUUAACAAGCGCUACUUUUUACUUAUCCAACUGCUGUGCCACCUGUGUGCCAUGAGCUCAUCUUGUUGUAACCCCUUCCUCUAUGCAUGGCUACACGACCGCUUCCGCACCGAAUUAUGGAAGAUGGUCAAGUGCCGUCAUCGCAUUGGAGUGCCUGCCAAUAACUGUGCCAGUGUGGUCUUGUAAUCACCUGGUGAAGAGAAUCCUUUGUCGUUAUCU